UUCUCACUUCUCAGCAAUUCACUGAUUCCCCUACCUAGUAUUACCCCACGCGUGUACAUGUUUCUAUAUAAACGAUCCAUCAACCGUGCAUGAGAAGUGAAUUGAAUUAUAUGCAACAGCAACAAAAAGAGAAGAAACAGCUGCAGUGAGUGAGAAGAAGAUCAGAAUAUGGAAAACAUGCCACCAGGUUAUCGUUUCUACCCCACAGAACAAGAGAUUAUUACAUUCUAUCUUCGCAAUAAGCUUGAAGGACAAAAGGAGCACAUGAAUCGGGUUAUACCAGUCCUUAAUAUAUAUGAUUACAACCCAUCACAACUCCCACAACUUUCAGGAGAAGCGAGUACGAGAGACACGGAGCAAUGGUUCUUUUUCAUUCCGAGGCAGGAAAGUGAAGCCAGAGGAGGGAGACCGAAGCGUCUCACAACUAGUGGGUACUGGAAGGCUACGGGGUCUCCUAGUCGCGUUUAUUCUUCUGACGGUUCUGCAAUCGGCAUGAAAAGGACCAUGGUGUUCUACAAUGGAAGGGCUCCCAGAGGAAAGAAAACCGAUUGGAAAAUGAAUGAGUACAAGGCCCUCCAACAGGGUGGACUAGAAUUAAGGCAGGAAUUCAGUUUGUGCCGAGUGUACAAGAAAACAAAGUGCUUGCGAGCAUUUGAUAGACGACCGUCACCGCCAAUUAGGAGGGACAUUAUAACAGGUAGCAGCAGCAGCAAUCCUAAUCAAGAUGAUGAACCUGCACAAUCCCAGAAGGGUUCAGGGUCAACACAUGUUCAAGUGAUGGAGGAGAGAAGUGUAAUUAUAACAAGCUCACCAGAGAGCUCUCCCUCACAGGAUGGAGGAGAAGGAGAAGCUGCCCAAAUGCAGAUUGAUAACGAGCCUCUGUUGGAUUGGGAGCAAGUCGAUUGGUUCUUGGGAUUGGAACCAUGACUCCCUUGAUUAACUUGUUCAAGUGCAAUGAACUAGCUAGACUCACCUAAUUAAUUGGUAGAUAUGUAAGUGAUUGUGAAAAGUUUAAGCAUCGAUCCAAUCACACUAUUUAAUUAGUUAACGAACUCAAUGAUGAUAGGUUUAGUUUGGAUAUAA